UUACAAAUAGUGUGAUAAAUAGACGCUCAAGAACAGCAGUCGCGUUUGCCUGCAUUGGUAACCAUAGCAACAGUACGUUGUUCUCUUUCCGUCACCGUCUGACGUAAGUCAACAAAAAAGUCCUGCCGUUUUCACAUUAUUAUUUACCACAAGCAAAAAUAAGAAAACUUAAGUGUUUUGUCAUUUGUAAAAACAGUUGACGGUUAGCGCACUGCGCUAAAAGACAAUUUGGCUUGCGCGAAACGAACCCCACCAGCAAAUUGCUAACAGAAAUCCCCCCAGAAGGUCGACCCCCUGAAGGUCAACGAAUAAUUGGGGGAUAAUUCGCACCCUCUUCUCUAGCAUACACUACUCUGCUGUUUCCCUCCAGCAUAUCCCUCCAUUCUCUGCAGCUGAUGCCGUGACGGUCGCCAUGAUGAUGUCGGGUUUUGCCUGCGGCAGCAGCAGCGAGCUGUGAGAGACACACACACGGCGACCGGGAGCGGAGCCGCGGAGUCCUCCGACCGACAUCAACGAGGACGCGUAUUUCCAGCCCCUCGCCGCAAAGCUGCUCACGGCAAGUGCAUAACAGUUUUCGAAAGCAAGGCUUGCUCCCUCCGCCAACGUUUCGUAUUUACCAAGAGAGGAAUUUAAAGAAAAAACAGCUUGCUAAGGCUUUUGCAGACCUGCCAGAGGAGGGGCAUAUGGGGCUUUGUAGCAAUGCAGAUCCCGUGCUGCUGAUGCGCUUUUGUUACUGCAUAAUGGAUAACCACAGAUAUCACCAUAUCUCAGUGGAUUGCUUUAAACUUCUUUGGUGACUUGUUUUGUGAAAAGUGUCCUUCAAAGGAGAAGCUGAAUUCGGGAAUACAUAAGCCUAGGUUAUAUACGUCAAAUCCACCGGCCAGGGUAGGGUCGAUGGCUGUAAGUUCUCUACAUCUAAGGACUGUGAAUUCAUGAUGUUGUGGACUGAUAUGGAUGCAUCCGUGCGAGAGGGACCAUGAUUAGGCUCGACAAUAUUUUCUGAGCCAUUAAGUUUUUCCGGAGCGUUCACGCAAGUGUGCCACUGGCCGGUCCCGUUUGCUACCGUGGGAGCAAAUACUGACCAUACUGUGAGACAUCAGCAGCAACUGAAAACAUGUCUGGAGAGGUGCGUUUGAAGAAGCUGGAGAAGCUGAUUCUAGAUGGCCCAUCUCAGUCCACGGGCCAGUGCUUCAGCGUGGAGACCUUGUUGGAUAUUCUUGUUUGCCUGUAUGAUGAGUGCAAUAAUUCUCCCCUCAGAAGAGAGAAAAACGUCCUGGAGUUCCUAGACUGGGCCAAACCUUUCACAUCCAAGGUGAAACAGAUGCGCUUGCACAAGGAAGAUUUCGAGAUCCUGAAGGUGAUUGGACGGGGAGCGUUUGGAGAGGUUGCAGUAGUAAAGGUGAAAAAUACAGACAAAGUAUUUGCCAUGAAGAUUCUCAACAAAUGGGAAAUGCUCAAAAGGGCUGAGACGGCAUGUUUUCGGGAGGAACGGGACGUGCUGGUGAACGGGGACAGUCAGUGGAUCACGACGUUACACUAUGCUUUCCAGGAUGAGAACAAUUUGUACCUGGUGAUGGACUACUAUGUAGGGGGAGAUCUGUUGACUCUGCUCAGUAAAUUUGAAGAUCGUUUGCCUGAAGACAUGGCCAAGUUCUAUCUGGCCGAAAUGGUCUUGGCUGUUGACUCUGUGCAUCAGCUAUAUUAUGUUCACAGGGAUAUUAAGCCAGACAAUAUCCUGAUGGACAUGAACGGUCACAUCCGGCUGGCUGACUUUGGCUCAUGCCUCAAGCUCAUGGGAGAUGGGACAGUCCAGUCCUCUGUGGCAGUUGGGACACCGGACUACAUCUCUCCAGAGAUCUUGCAGGCUAUGGAGGACGGGAAGGGGAAGUACGGGCCGGAGUGUGACUGGUGGUCUCUGGGUGUGUGCAUGUAUGAGAUGCUGUAUGGAGAGACGCCCUUUUAUGCUGAAUCUCUGGUGGAGACCUAUGGAAAGAUCAUGAAUCAUAAGGAGCGCUUCCAGUUCCCACUUCAGGUGACAGAUGUGUCUGAGGAGGCUAAAGAUCUCAUCCGGCGGCUGAUCUGCAGCAGAGAACACCGGUUAGGCCAGAAUGGGAUUGAUGACUUCAAACAGCACCCCUUUUUUACAGGCAUCGACUGGGACAACAUCCGCACAUGUGAAGCCCCUUACAUCCCCGAAGUCAGCAGCCCCACUGACACUUCCAACUUUGACGUGGAUGAUGAUUGCCUCAAAAACUGUGAGACGUUGCCCCCACCUUCACACACAGCAUUUUCUGGACACCACCUCCCAUUUGUAGGCUUCACCUAUACAAGCAAAUGCACACUAUCAGAUCGAGGGUGUCUGCGGGAGUCUAUUGGACCACCACAGGUAGAUGCUGAGCUUCAGCGAAGCCUGGAGGAGAGCCUGGCCUCAGAGGCCUAUGAGAGGAGGAUCCAACGUCUAGAGCAGGAGAAGACCGAACUUACGCGUAAACUACAGGAGUCCACACAAACAGUGCAGGCACUGCAGUACCCUGAUCCGGAUGCCCCAGUGAAUGCCAAUAAAGAGGUAGAGAUUCGGAGUUUAAAGAGUGAGAUCAACAUCUUGAAGAAACAGAUAGCAGACUCUGGUCAGCUGGAACAGCAGUUGGAGGAGGCCAGCACGGUUCGAAGAGACCUGGAAGACUCUUCUAAAGUCAUCAGGAGCUUAGAGAAACAGCUGAAGAGUGUCACGCAAGAGAAAGAUGAUCUGCACAAGGAGCUGCUGGAGUUGGCAGAGAAAGUGAAGGCUCAGGGGAAGGAGCUAAAGGAGGCUCACAGUCAAAAGAAGAUGGCCAUAGAGGAGUUCUCUGAGCUGAACGAGCAGCUGAGCGAUCUGCGCUCACAAAAGCAGCGGUUGAGCCGACAGUUCAGAGACAAAGAGGAGGAGACAGAAGGAAUUUCGCAGAAACUAGAGGCUCUACGGCUAGAGAUUCGCAAAGCUGAGAGAAUGCGCAAAGAGUUGGAGGCCCAGGCCGAGGAGCAAGCAGCAGAAGCUCAGAAAGAGAGAAAGCUACGAGAGAGAACCGAACAGUACAGCAGACAGUUGGAGGAGGAACUGGAAGGGAUGAAGCAGUUGAAGCAAGCUGGGCCGCCUCACGCAGCGGCAAGCUCAGACCAACAGCAGGAGCUGAUGCGCAUACGGGCAGAGCUGGACAAGAAGAACGUGCAGUACGAGGAGGAGUUGUGUCGCCGAGAGACUCUCCACAGCAGCGAGCUGAAGGGCCUGAAGAAGGAGCUACAUGAUGCUGAAGGUCAACACCUCACAUUCCAGAAAGAGAUUCUCAUGCUCAAAGACAAACUGGAGAAAACCCGCAGAGAAAGCCAAACUGAGCGAGAGGAGUUUGAGACGGAGCACAAGCAGAAGUACGAUAGGGAGAGAGCCCAUCUGACAGACGAAAACAAGAAGCUCGCAAGUGAAGUGGAGAAACUGAGCUCUAUGUAUGAGCAGCUCAGCAGUAGUCACAGGCAGCUGGAGGAGGAGAUGAGAGAGUUGGCUGAUAAGAAGGAGAGUGUUGCACAUUGGGAGGCCCAGAUCACUGAGAUCAUCCAGUGGGUGAGCGAUGAGAAAGAUGCUCGUGGUUACCUCCAAGCUCUAGCCACAAAAAUGACAGAGGAGCUUGAAGGGCUCAGGAGCACCAGCUUGGGAGCCAGAGGAACGGACAUGCCGUGGAAGAUGAGGCGCUUUGCAAAGCUGGACAUGUCUGCACGUCUGGAGCUGCAGUCUGCGCUGGAUGCCGAGAUCAGAGCCAAACAGUCCAUCCAGGACGAGCUUAACAAAGUCAAAGCAUCCAGCAUUGCCACAGAAUGUAAAUUGCAAGAUUCCGAAAGUAGAAACCAGGAGCUGCUUGCAGAAAUUGAGAGGCUGAGGAAGGAGACAGAGGAGCUGAGACUGAGGAGAGGAGUGAAGCAUCAGGAUUCCCAGAAUUCUUUCUUGGCGUUUCUCAAUGCGCCCACUUCUGCUCUGGAUCAGUUUGAUCGAUCACCCGCUUUUGGUCCUGGAAGCAAAACCAGACGUCUUGACUCGGCAGAUUUCACUCCCUCCAACACUCCAUCACGAGAUGAAGACUCAAGAUCUCGGCGUAUAUCACGCUCACGCUCCCCAUCCUCUGCCAGUGACAUGGAGCCUAUUGAGUUGAUUGACCACACGUCACGUAGUCUUCAGACUCCAACAGGAAGAUCCGGCUAUGGGAGCUUGGGACACUCAUCACCUAAGCCCAAGGCGCACCAAUUUAGUGUGAAGACCUUCACCGUUCCCACCAAAUGUGCCCAGUGUACCUCUCUAAUGGUGGGACUUAUCCGUCAGGGCUGCAUCUGUGAAGUCUGCAACUUCUCCUGUCACGUCACCUGUGCUGAUAAAGCACCCUCUGUGUGCCCCGUCGCACCAGACCAAACCAAGGGAAAACUGGGAAUUGACACUCAGAGGGGCAUUGGGACUGCAUAUGAGGGCCAUCUUAGGAUACCAAAGCCCACAGGAGUGAAAAAGGGUUGGCAGAGGGUCUUGGCAGUGGUAUGUGACUUCAAACUUUUCCUGUAUGAGCUUGGAGAAGGGAAAGGUGCCCAACCUGGUGUUAUAGUUAACCAGGUCAUUGACAUGAGGGAUGAAGAGUUUUCCGCCAGCUCUGUUCUGGAGUCUGAUGUCAUCCAUGCUAACAAGAAGGAUAUCCCCUGUAUUUUUAGGGUAACAGCAUCUCAGCUGUCUGCCUCCUCCAGUCAGAAGACAUGCAUCCUGAUCCUUGCUGACAAUGAGCAAGAGAGGUCGAAGUGGGUGUGCGCUCUGAAUGAACUGCACCGCAUAAUGAGGAAAAACAAGCUGAAGGAGCGCUUCGUGUAUGUGCCUAAAGAAGCGUAUGACAGCACUCUUCCUCUCAUCAAAACCACCCAGACUGCUGCUAUUAUAGACCAUGAACGGGUUGCUUUGGGGAAUGAGGAAGGCCUGUUUGUAAUCCACGUCACCAAAGACGAAAUUGUUCGCGUGGGUGACAUUAAGAAAGUGCAUCACGUAGAACUGAUGCCCACAGAGCACCUAAUGGCCGUCAUCUCGGGCAGGAACCGACAAGUGUGUCUGGUCCCCAUGGCGGGGCUCGAUGGGAGGGAGAUUGGCAAGAAUAAGGUGGCAGAUACUAAAAACUGUCAGGCGCUGGUGUCUGGUGUGGUGCGCAAUAGCACCUGCUUCUGCCUCGCCAUUAAACGGCAGAUCUCCUGCUAUGAAGUUAACAAGAGCAAAUCUCGCUACUGCCAUCUGGUGGACAUACAAGCUCCAGGAACUGUCCAGUGGAUGGCGCUCUUCGGCCAGCAAUUAUGUGUAGGCUAUCAAGCGGGCUUCAUGCGCUGCAGUUUGCAUGGAGAUGCACCUCCGGUCAGCUUACUUCACCCAGAUGACCCCACGUUGGCGUUUAUUAGAGCAGACAACUUGGAUGCCCUUUGUGCAGUGGAAAUCUCCAAUAAAGAACUGUUGCUCUGCUUCAGCAAAAUUGCAGUGUAUGUGGACACACAUGGCAGACGCUCGCGCCAACAGGAGCUGAUGUGGCCCGCGAUGCCCACCACCUGCUGCUACAACGCCCCCUACCUCUCAGUCUACAGUGAAAAUGCAGUGGAUGUGUUUGAUGUGAACACUAUGGAAUGGAUUCAGACCAUUCCUCUCAAAAAGGUCCGGCCGUUGAACAUGGAUGGCUCUUUGAAUCUCCUGGGCCUGGAGACGGUCAGACUCAUCUACUUCAGAAACAAGACUGCAGAGGGGGACGAACUGGUGGUGCCUGAGGUGUGUGAUAACAGCAGGAAGCAGAUGGUACGCAGCAUGAGCAACAAGAGACGGUUCUCAUUCCGUAUUCCUGAGGAGGAGAGACUGCAGCAGAGGAGAGACAUGUUGAAAGAUCCAGAGAAAAGGAACAAAUUGAUCUCAAAUCCUAUGAAUUUUAACCAUGUGGCUCAUAUGGGUCCUGGAGAUGGAAUGCAGAUCCUCAGAGAUCUACCAAUGGACAACCGAGCCGGGUUCAGCGGUUCCGUCAGCAUCCCCUCAAUCACCAAAAACCGAGCCGAACCUGGGCGAUCCAUGAGCGCAAGCAGUGGCCUAGGAAUGCGGUCCUCCUCUCAGAAUGGCAGUGCUCUGAGGAGAGAGCUAUCAAGCAGCAGCUACAGCUCUAAACGCCAGACCAUGACGUCACCCUCCGAGAGCUCGCUGUCGUCAGGAGGAGGGAUGGACGUGGGUGAAGCGCCGCUCUCUCAGUUUGAUAGAGAGUGGCAGGCAGUAUCGCCCUCGGAGAAGACCCCUGAUCUGAAAAGGGCUUUAAGGACCCUGCUUAGUAAAAUGAAGGACUCUGAUUCGCCCCGGCACUCCACAGCCUCCAACAGCUCCACCUUCAGCAGCCCGCCGAGCCCCGCCUCCCCGCACAAGACAAAGUCCCUCUCACUGGAGAGCACAGACCGCACAGCGUGGGACACAUGAUGGACUCAACAAUGAACCAGUCACAACAAACUCUGAGUCUGCCCCUCCCAGGCACUACAGGCCCCUCCCACUUAAUUUGCAUAAAGGAUCACCACUGGGGAACAUACAAAGGAGAACCCACACCAACACGAGAGUUUGUAUGUUUUGAGCGAUCAGGACAGGAGAAAAAAGUGGAAGUUAAUUCUGGAUGUUAAGGUGACUGGUGUUUGUACAUAGACUGGGGUUAGGGGUGAACUUUUAUUUAUUUCUCAUUCAGCCAUUUCAAGGUGGAAAAUACUGUCACGUCCCUCACUCUGUCCGUACGGGAAUGAUGAUUCCAUUCUAGAAUCCCACUAAAGAAUGCAAUGAUGUAUAUUUUUGAUUUGCUUUAAAAGUGAUGUGUGCAGUGAUUCGUUUGUUACUUCAGCUAAAUGGAUGAGAGGCCGCAGGUAUCAGGCGACCUCAUCUAUCGCUUCCUGUCCUAGAUUUGUAGGAAUUUCUAGAGGCUUUCUGACACGACGACAUCUUGGAAUCUGUUACCGUCGUCAUUAUCGCCAGUCUCCACGUAAUCCCAACCUUCCCGUGAGCCAACAUGACCUGUGAAAACGCUUCACAGUAAUGUACAUAGAUUAAAAGUAUAGUAUAAUAUAUAAUAAGGAAAUAUUGAAGAGUAGAAAAAAAAUCUCAUUGCUUUUAUUUUGUAAAAAUUAUUUUAAUAUACUCUCGCCAAGACCAUUUUUAAAAGCUUUAGUUGCAUCAUUUCCUUUAGACUUUUAUUUUUGGUUUAUGAGACAAUACUGCCUUGUGUAUUUGAAUUCUUUGUUUAGGAAUUUAACGAUUUUUGUGAGACACAGGCCAAGCUGUUUAACUACAAGUGUGCUUUAACUUUAAAAUCUGCAUUAUGUUUGGUCUCAGUUUCCAGAGAUUACGUGCAUUGACCGAAACUGUACAAAUAUCAGCAAGGUUGCAUACAAAUAUCAUAUUUCUGCAAACUAGAAACGAUUAAGUCCAAAUUGUGGAACUGGUCCGGCAUGUAAUCUGAGAUUUGCAGACAGACAAAAGACAUUUCGUUUUGUUCCUGGAUGGUUUCAUCUAAUACUCAACGCACUUUGCUUCACCCACAUAGUUUGGCUCUUUCUACCUUGGAAAAAUGUAUUUUCAGAAAACUUGUUCAUGGAAAAUUCAGUCAUUUUAUCCCGUUAAGUGUUAAAACAUUCACCACUGCUAUUAAAUGUAAGGUUAAACUUUACCAUUAAAAUCUAUUACAAGAAUCUGCUUCCACGAUGCCAGGAUGCAUUUGUCAUUAUGUAGUUGUCAGAUUGCAUUUCUUGUGGAUCCAAGGGUACUUAUUCCAUCGGAGGGAAAAGAAAUGUUUAAAACUUCUCAGAAGUCACACGUCUAAUAAGCGACACAGGCUUCACUUUGUUCCUUAUUCGGUUUGCAGUUGAUUGAAUCAUGAGUUGCACAAGAAAGUAGGUCUCCCACCUCAUGCAGGCUUCACCACUUGAUCUCUGCACCAGAUUCAGUUCCGUCCAUGAAGUGGAAAACUCAGUUCAUUUGAUUAAUUUGUUCAAAGGUUUACAAUAAAAUUUCAUCAUUCCAUUUGAAAAUUUUGGUGGAAACCUACUAGAGACGUCCAGUAAAACUAAAAUGUCUUUGCAUUUCAGCAACCUCUUAGACGUUAUAUUUAUCUGUGCUCAUUCUCAUCUCACUUCAUUCUUUCUUCAGGAUAAUGCUUUGUAAUCAUUUGUACAGUUUUGCAUGUCAUAAUUGAUCAUUCCCUAUGUUUCUUGGUUGUAUUUUGUUUCUCACUCACUUGACAAAGGUGGAUAUCACUUCAAACAAGGAGGAAUCGUUUUGCACAGAUGUAAGGUCAAUCAAAGACUGGAUAAACUGGCCAAUAAGCAUAUAUGGAGACGUUACUAUAUUAACCUGAUGCUGAUGUAAUUCAAUAAACGGAGGGAAAUGACACACACGGA